CCCGACAGAACAGUAUUGGCCACAUACACACUACACGUGCAUUAUCUUGGAGACUCUGCACAGACGCUGUUGGCUAUAUCUACCGAUAACUGAAAACACGAAGAAUACGUGAACCGGUGUGAAAUGUACAACCUGUGCUGAGGCAACUGUUUAGCACGCUCCUUUAAGGAUCAACGCUAAAUCCUGAACAUACAAUUUUUAUCAUAAAAGCAGUGAAUGGCAGGUUCAUAUAUUUCAUCGAAUUUGUGAAUUGUCAAGAAUUUUGCUUUGAAAUACGUCCUAACGCCCUUGAAUUGAACCCAGAGGUUAGCGAUCUGCAUUGCACAUAAUUGUGUACAAAGUGCAUUGAAGUUGCUAUAUUUGGGAUACUGCGGUGUGUUGCAAACUUCGAAGGGUAUUUCUAGAUUGAUGCAUCCGGUGUAACGAAAGGUUCGGUGUAGCGGAUUUCUCCGAUGUAACGAAAGGUUCGGUGUAACGGAUUUCUCCGGUGUAACGAAAGGUUCGGUGUAACGGAUUUCUCCGAUGUAACAAAAGGUUCGGUGUAACGGGUUUCUCCGGUGGAUAUAUUAUACGGUAUAAUUGUGGCUUCCCUAGUUGACCUUGAAAGACUGUUUGGUCGUGAAUUGGAAAGUUUAAAUAUCAGUGUUGUAAACAGACCUGUUGCAGUAUUGGACACAUCACGUGACUGGGUUGUCUCCCCUAAUAGUCCCUCCCGUCAUACCAUGGCAAAUUCUCACUUCACCAUCUCCCCCCGGGACGCUGGUCGUCUAGUGCAAUCACAUCGAAAGUCUGAAGAUGAACAACAUUGUUUUCUACUUCAAAUUUCAUUCCAAACAGUGUAUAGUGAUGCGGAUAUUCCAAACAGUGUCAUCAAAAAACUACCACGUCUAGUAAAUGGUAUUCCGCUUGGAGCCGGGCUUAUGGCCCGAGAUCAGAUGGGCAGUAUUCGAUGGCGGUACAUAGAAGGCGGACGUAAGAUGCAUACUUUUGUGUCCAAACCAAUCAGUCAAGAGGACGCGGAGGAAACGAAACGAGCUUUAAAAGACAGACUAGUUAAACAGUCUCAUGCGAUAUUCGGAGACAUUACGGUUAAAGCUACCGUUAUUUUAUCUCAAUGUUUAAACUUUGACGACGAUUUUAUCAUAAAUGACAUAGCUAUACCACUAGACGAGGGUCUACACUUCAGGGACUAAACCUGUCAUAUUCUUUUUGUAAAUUUGAGGUUGAGGUUAUUUAUUUUGUUUUCUGGAUUUCUAUAUCAUUUUUAAGUUUGGCGUAGAAACAGUUUGAGUAUUUGCUAGUCAUAUCCACGUUAUGUUGUCCCGAAGAAAACAAUAUAAGUGUCUGUGCACAUGUGCACGUGUAUAUGUAUGUUUGCGUAUGAUUAGGAAUAUUUUUGUUUUGUUUUUGUUUUAAGUUGACACGAGUGUGAACGGGCGAGGGUGCAAGUGUUGUGCACGUGAGAGUAUAUGUUCAGUGGUAAUGCGAGAUUUCCAGAAAUGCGCGUGUACUUUAUAUUUGUGCGAAGUCACGGCGGGGAGAAUAUUAUUAGUAACUGAGUGAUUAAGAGACAUCAUACAGGUUUACACGUCAGUGCACGUGCCAGUAUAAAUCUAAGAGGCUGUCAGAUUUAUUUUGUUUUUUGGCUUUGAGAGGGCAUGGCGGUUUGUCCGGUAAGUGGGGUAUGUUUACACUUGCGUGCGCCGAGCGAUGUUGAUCAAUAUGGAGUAGUGGUGCACAACGCAUGCGCGUGGGAAAUGAAUGUCAAGCAAGGUGAAUUAACUGAUUCUACACAAACGUAUACCUUGUAUCAUAUUUCUCUACCAUUGUCUUUCAUGGACCCUAAAUUAUCUUAUAUUUGUUAAACAAAAAAUGUUGUUUAAUAUUUCGCCUAAGUAGUAUUGAUUUUAUAUACUGGUAUGUGUUGGUAUGUCUGUGGUAACCGUCAAUACACGUGCAUCUGGCACACAAACAU